AGGCCCGCGGCCGCCUCAGUUACGCGCUACCUUGUGACGUCUCCGGGGGAAGAGGCGGAUUCUCUUCUACUACAGGAAGGCGUCCGCUUUCCUGAUUGGCUAUUCAAGACGUCCGUCAGGACGUGUUGCCCUUUCGGCGUGCGCUGUGAGCGUGUGUCUCCCUGUGGGGGGUGUGUGACAGGGUUUCUAUACCCGACGCCAAUACUCCUGCCCCUUCCAUCAGGGGCUCGGUUUGAGGUCGCCCCUGGCGGGCGACUCUCGAAUCUUGACGAAAAGCACAAGAACCCCGACCGUCCCGGAGCUGCGGAGGCCUGCUGGGCAGGCUGAAAGAUGGCGGCGGCGGCGGCGUCGGUCCCUGCAACUUCUGGUUCUCAGUUGUCGAACAGCUUAGCCGAACCAUCAAGGUCAAAUGGGAAUAUGGUUCGCCAUUCUUCAUCUCCAUAUGUAGUAUAUCCACCGGAUAAGCCUUUCCUUAACAGCGAUAUGCGACGCUCCCCAAAUAAGCCUACAUUUGCCUACCCGGAAAGCAACAGCAGAGCCAUAUUUUCUGCUCUGAAGAAUCUUCAAGAGAAGAUUCGACGUUUGGAACUUGAAAGGAUUCAGGCAGAAGAAAGUGUGAAAACCUUGUCUAGAGAAACAAGUGAAUAUAAGAAAGUACUGGAUGAGCAGAUACAGGAAAGGGAGAACUCAAAGAAUGAGGAAUCAAAGCACAAUCAAGAACUGACAUCUCAGUUGUUAGCUGCAGAAAAUAAAUGUAAUCUUUUAGAGAAACAAUUGGAAUACAUGAGAAAUAUGAUAAAGCAUGCAGAAAUGGAGAGGACGUCUGUCUUAGAGAAACAGGUUUCCUUAGAAAGAGAACGACAACAUGAUCAAACGCAUGUUCAGACCAAACUUGAAAAAUUGGAUCUUCUUGAACAGGAGUAUAACAAACUUACCACAAUGCAAGCCCUUGCAGAAAAAAAAAUGCAAGAAUUAGAAGCAAAACUCCGUGAAGAAGAACAGGAAAGGAAACGUAUGCAAGUUAAGGCAGCCCAGUUGCAAACUGGUCUAGAGACAAAUAGACUUAUCUUCGAAGAUAAAACAUCUCCAUAUGUUGACAGUGCAAGAAGAAUUAAAAAAAAGAAGUCAAAGCCACCAGAAAAGAGAGGUUCUAGAAACUAUUUUGCCGCACAACCACAUUAUAGAUUAUGCUUGGGUGAUAUGCCAUUUGUAGCUGGAAAGUCCACCAGUCCUAGCCAUGCUGUGGUAGCCAAUGUUCAACAUGUCUUGCAUCUAAUGAAGCAACACAGUAAAGCUUUGUGCAAUGAUCGAGUAGUCAACAGUGUUCCUCUGGCAAAGCAAGCAUCUUCACGAUGUUGUAAAAGUAAGAAGUUGCCAGUAACACCGUCCUCCUCCAGCACCAUUAAUGAAGAGUUGUCAGAAGUCUUACAGACUUUACAGGAUGAAUUUGGGCAAAUGAGCUUUGAUCACCAGCAGCUAGUGAAACUUAUCCAGGAGUCACCAACCACUGAACUGAAAGAAGACUUAGAAUGCGAACUGGAGACAUUAGUUGGAAGGAUGGAAGCAAAAGCCAAUCAAAUAACUAAAGUUCGAAAAUACCAAGCCCAGUUGGAGAAACAGAAGAUAGAGAAGCAGAGGAAGGAAUUAAGAGCCACCAAAAAGUCUCUUGAUGAAGAAGGAAACAGCAGCAGCCGUUCUUCUGGAACUCUGGGGACCACAAAUAAGAAGGACUUUGCCAAACUGAGACCUGGAGAAAAAAGCAGGAAAAAUCUUCAGUUACUUAAGGACAUGCAAACCAUACAGAGUUCAUUACAAAGCAAUAGUUUGUCGUGGGAUUACUGACUGGUACCAGGUCAUAAAUUUUAUUCAGAUAAUCUGUACUUCAUCAAUCAGAUGUGACAAUUUACUUUCCAGGUCUCUUACUCUCUUCUGUUGGAAUUAAUUGAUAGCAGGUGUUAAGGAACACAAGCUUCAUCACACAGGCUUCUUGUGUUAUACAGCACGGCUAAAUGUUAAACCACCCAAAUGGAAGCCAGGGGUUUUUUAAAGGUCAAGAAGCCACGUAUACUCUGCUUCUUUGUUGGGAAUGGAUUUGCUGUACUGAUACAUUGCACUUUGUAAACACAUUACCAGUUUUUUACUUGUGGGUGUGAUUUUUUAAAAAAAAUAAUUCUUUAAUAAAAUUAGGUUUGGAUUAUCAAAAUAUGAGGCUAUCCCAUAGGCAGCAUUUGCUUGAGAAGUCUCACUUUUAAAUCUUCCUCUGGCAUGUGAAGUACCCAUUCCCCUUUCCAAUGCAACCAUUAAAUGUACUUUGACUAUUGAUGUAGAUUUUUCUGUAUUUAAAUAUUUAUACACACUUAGGAGGAUUCCUUUCAUCUCCUCCGUUGGUAUCUUCUCAGAGGCUAAGUAAAAAUAACUCAUGUCAUUUCCUUCUGAGCCCUUAUCCUUCCUAUUAUUUUGGUUUGGUUUGGUUUUUGGCAUUACAAACAUUGAUCAGUAUUAAAUACACUUGUAUGGCUUUUAUUUUUAAAUCUACUGUGAGAAAAGUAAAAAGGAGAAAAAAAAGACCCAAGCAGUCAUUUUAAGUCAGCUACUCAUAAAAACUAUAAAAAUAUUUUUUAAAUAAUGAAAUUUUGGAAUAAAGUGAGGAGAGGGUGUUGUAAAGUGUAUACAUUUGCUGUUUUUAAAUAACUUUGUAAUCAUGCUAUUCAAUCAAGGCAUUAUGGUUUUUAAUCCUGAAACUUCUGGAACCCCUUGGAUAUUUGUUUCUAUUAGUGCACAGUAUGAGUGCAAGAUUUACUAUACACAUGCAUUGUCACUGUUAAUAAUGUAAGUCAUAAUUCUGAAUAGAUUGACAUGUUAACUUUUUAUAAAUUUGCCACUAAAUUUGCCAAUAAAGCAGCUUCUUUUAAGGAAA